AUCGAGAGGGGAUGGUCGCGCGCGCCCUUCUCCCCCAUCGCGAGUCUCUGCACUUGUGUUCGAUUUUCAAAACUCGUUCCGUUGUGUGUGAGUUGAAAAAAAGUUACGUUCCAUAUUUAAAAGUGUACAAUACACUUUGUGGUGUAUUGAAAUACUCAUGUGCUUCUCAUUUAUGUGUGUGUUAUUGUAAGUGUUGAUUACAUUUAAAGUGGUGUGCAUUUGACAAGUUCAAAGCAAAUAUUUGUGUAUGUAAUUAAAAGGAGUUAUACUAAAGAUAAUUGCAAAAUCUCCAGUGUCGAAGACAAUUUGUCCUGAAUAGACUCAGAUCGCAAACGUGUAUCCUCAUCUCUUGCAACUGACCGACUGCAUCACCAAUAGACAGAUUAAUGUAAAUCAGUAAAAAGAUAUAACAACAAGACGCCCAGCGAUACGAUUCAGAUGAGAAAUUUGGCUGACUACGCAUUUUUGUGAACACCAAUGCGUUCGAGUACUAUUCAGGAAUGCGACAAUACGAGGAAAUGACAACUAUCAUUGCAAAAUGGCUCAUAAACAGUGGAAGACAUGGAUGAGAAUCGCUCUCUUUCCGAUCGCCAUACUAACCACGACUAUCGCUGACUUCACGACAGAAUGUCAAAGACCAUGCGACUGUAGAUGGCAGUCCGGAAACAAAGCCGCAAUUUGCUCAAACUCCAGUCUUAAAGUGAUACCCGCCAACUUGAGCAGCGAUAUUCAAAUACUAGAUCUAUCGAACAACAAUCUGCAACAAUUGCAUCAGGAAGGAUUCAAAAAAGUGGGACUCAGCAAUCUGAAAAAGUUAUUUCUAAAAGAGUGUAACUUGGAAGUCGUUCAUAAGUCGGCUUUCGCAACAUUAGCUAUAAUGAUAGAACUCGAUUUGUCCAAGAAUAGGAUACAAUAUCUCCACCCAGACACGUUCAAAGGCACGGAGAAACUAAGAUUAAUAAACUUAAGCAACAACUUCAUCGAUAAGUUGGAGGACGGUAUAUUCCGCAACUUGAAGUUCCUUCAGAAAGUAGAGGUUAGUAAUAACAGGAUUGUGCGGAUCGGCACAAAAGCAUUUGUAAACUUGCCACAGUUAAAGAUACUGAGAUUUGAUGGUAAUAAAUUGAGUCACAUGAAGCCUGAAACUUUGAUGGCAUUGAGAAAUUUGUCCGGAUUAGACUUACAUAAUAAUCCGUGGCGGUGUGACUGCAACCUGCAGCCAUUUAGAGAUUGGGUGAUCAGUCACAAUUUAUACACUCCGCCCACGUCAUGUGCUGAGCCGUCAUCCGUGCGAGAUAAACUUUGGAAUGAAUUAGAUUCAUCGAACUUCGCUUGCCGGCCUACCAUAUUGGAACCCCUACCAGAUUCAACGAUCAGAAGUUACGAUGUAAACGUAACUUUGACUUGUAAAGUUGUAGGUAAUCCCACUCCAGAAGUGGUAUGGCGGUUCAAUGGAAAAACUAUUGACAUGAGAUCGUUUGGAGAGAUCAGAUAUAUUAUUUCUGAGAAUACUAUGGAUUUGAUACGAUGGGUUAAUUUAACCAUUAUUAACAGUAGAUACAGCGAUAGAGGAAACUAUACAUGUAUCUCUGAAAACCCUGGUGGUCGAGAUGAGAAAACUGUUACGCUCAUAUUAUCUAAAUAUGGAGGAGUUGGUUCUAUAAUUGGGCUAGAUACAGAUUCAUUUGCUAUAUUAGUUGGUUGUUUGUUAGCUAUAGUUAUAAUUUUUGCUGCUGCAAUAGCAGUAUGUUAUUUUACAACACAGAAUAAUGAAAUUAAAAGACUGAUUAAAACUGAUACUCGUUCGUCAAACGGUGAAGCUUUAAUAGAAGGCUCAGUCGCUUCUGAAGGAGACAAAACCUCAAAGCCAGAAGUGAAUCCUGUGACGAAGCCUCCGAGGAAAUAUGAGGCGCCACCGUCCCUAACUAGUGAAGCUACAGAAAUGUCAGAGCUGAACAAAACUCUACUGGAUAAUGACUCUGUCAUGGUAUCCAACGAAGACAGCAAUCGCCAUCAAGAAGCGGAGGUUUCAAAAGUAUCUAAUGAUACUCUACUCAUGGAACGUUUGAUCAAAGAUCACCAGGCCUACCCACCAGAUCUACUUUCGUUUCCAUUAAGAGGAGGCACUCAGGUCUCACCAGCUAGCGGAACUUCAUCGGGACAAGAGAAACUAAACCAAACUAAUUCUGUUAGUCCAAUUAAAUCACCUGUAUAUGGUGUGACAACGAUCAAUCCUACCCUAUACAGCAGACUCCAAAGUGCAAACUUACAAAGUUCUGCGUCACUUAUGAGUCCUAAAAGUGGUUACGUCACUUUACCUAGAAGGCCGAGGCAUAGCCAAGAAAAUAUACGCCCUCAAAUAUUUUCCACACUUAAUGGUGUUAUUCCCUAUUACGAUAAUUUCAACAUGAAGCUAUUUGGCCACGGAGGCAAUUACUAUAGCCUUAACAAAAGCGAAAUGGACUUAGGCCCAAUCAGCAAAAUGAGUUCCAGCUUUCAUGAUUCGGAAGAGAUCGAACCUGCUCCAUCGCCGGCACCUGGAACACCACAUGCAACGAUCCCAAGGAACAGCCUCAGUUCUCCAAAUAUCCACAAUCAGUUGUUGACUUUACAAGCUAUGUCCAUGAAUGCCGCUCAGGGAAGGCUUAUGAAACCAUCAGAGCAACGUCCUCUCAAAGUCACGUUGGCUGAAAAUGAAGGUGUGAUUAAAAAUCCCAUCCGUGACUUAUGGAUGGGUUAUAGUGUGAACGUAGUUAGUGGUACUAUUAGUAGGACAAAAACAGCCCCAAAACCACCACCUAAACCAAGAAAGAGAAACUCUUGUGAAGUGAAAGAACCAUUUCUUAUGAAUUCUGCUGACAAUGCUACCCAAGUGUAAAUAAGUUUAAAUGUAUCUACCUAUAGCUUUACCCCAAGUUACGUUAAAACUUAUAGCCUAAUGUUAACUUAGUUUUGAUAGAAGAUGUGCUUAAGGAAAUUUGACAAUGGAUUUUGAAGUUACCAUUGUGACUCGAUUUAGUAAAUUUAACAAAUAAUGUUUCCAACUUACAAGAACAUGUUAUUUAUAAUUAUACUGAUUUAAUUUUUUUUUUUAAAUGUACAAAAAAAAAUUAUUAUUAUUUUAUUCUAUAUGGAUUUACGUUAAGAUUGAAAACCACUUACUUACUUGAUAUAAAUCUAUUAUCAAUUUUUGAAACAGUUUUUAUAGAAUUACUUAAGUGUUAUCUUCUAUCAAGACUAGUAAAUUCAAUAAAUUUAUUAUUACGUUAUUGCCUUACAUAAAAUGGUUUUAUGAAUCGUUAUAAUUAUACAUAUUUUAUACAUAAGUUCAAUUUUUUACUAUUCCAUUAUAUUCAAUAGAAACUAAGUCAUUUGUACAGCGAAUAUACAGAACAUUUUAUGGUAUUAUUCAUCCUAUAUUGGUGCUUAUAUUAAUACUAAACGCAUUGUAGUAAUACUCUGCUUCAUUGAAUAAACCUGUAAGGAUAAAACUAACUACUUUAACUGGAGUCAAAAUUAUCGAAGCUAAGUUAUCAAGGUUUAAUUUUCAAUGCAGUUUAACUGAAUGUUGAAUUUGCAUAUCUGCUCAAAAUGAGAUUUUGGAACGAUUUGUAUAAGACAAUUUUCAUAGUUAAAAAUGAAAGUUACUAAAUACUUAUUCAUUAAUUAUGUAUUCGUAUGUAACCGUAUUAUAAGUCUACAAUGUUAGACUUAAAGCUUAGAAUUGCAAACAAGUUGACGGAACUACCCUAACCUGAUGGAAAGUAGCAACUAUCGUCUACAUGAACAGUACUGUGGAAAUAACGACAUAUAGUGUGUCGCCCAUUAUAUUCUUUAUCCGUUGCCAUUCCUGAGGACAAAGGUGUUAUGCCUGUACCCUGUAAAUUCACAACCAUACCCCAUCCUUCAAAUCGAAACACAACCAUGCAAACACAACUACUUCACGGCAAAAGCACGAAUGGAACAUAAAAACAUCCAAGUGGACGACUUAUUAUUGCUAAUUAUUUUUUUUUUUUUUUAUACAACUUAGAAUGACAAACAAGCUGACGGCCCACCUGAUGGAAAGUGAUAACCGUCACCUAUAGGCAUGAGCAGUACCAUGGAAUUAUUUAUUUAUUUAUCAUAUUAAGCAUAAAUUCCAUUUUUCAACCAAUUAAAAAAAAAAGGUAUUUUUUAUAUUUGUCAGCUCAUAACUCUGCCAGAUCUAAACAGAUUUGGAAAAUUCUUGUUUUAUCUGAAUGAUAUUAGUACAGAUUGAACUCAUAGAAAUUUUAUAAAAAUCACUGCAUUUGUUUAGUUUUUAAAUCAAAAUUACUGGUUUUGUCGCAAUUGAAGUUGGUUUUUUGUGAGAUUCAAUCUUUAAUUGUUUAUUUUGUAAAUUUUUAAUAUGGCAAGAUUGUGCUCUGCUGUGUACAUGUUUCCUCGUGACAUGUUCCGUUGUGAAUUUUAACUUGUAUAAAAAAAGAAGGGAUUUUUCUUUGGAAUCAUCGUUCCCGCAUCAUAGCAACCUUGUCUUGUAUAAUUAACCGCUUUCCUGUCUUAAUCAGACAAUUGAAAGAAUUUUAUUAAAAACUAAAAAAUUUAUAUUCUCUCUAAUCAACUGCUCAAAAAAUAAACAUAUAUUCUUUGUUUUACUUUUAUAAAAAUACUACUAUUCAAUUUAGAUUUUUAUAUUGUCUGCAGCCAAAUCAUCUUUAUUUAGGUUUUAAAUUGUAUUUUUUGUAGACUUCAUUACCGUUUCCAAUUUUCUUCCAAAAUUAGCAAACAAAACAAUCUUUACAUAUAAUUCUUCUUAUUAUUAUUUUUAUUUUGUAAAUACAUUUUUAUAUUACCUACCUUUUUAUAUUAUUUAGUUUGACAUACAGUAUCUAUAAAAUAAAAUUAUAUGGCUACUAUAAUAUUGAUAUAAUAUGGCAACAAAUGAUAACAAAACUUUGUCACGUGGUUUAAAUUUUUUUACAAGCUUCGUUAAUUUUGCCUCUAAUUGCAAAUUCCUUACAUCCAUAAUUAUAAAAGAAACAAAAUAUAAACCAGUGUUGCGUAAUUAUUAAAAGAAUUUCUGUACUAUUAUAGUAGCAUAAGGUUGAAUAUAAAUUGCUACCGUAUGGUAGGACUUCCAGUAAGGUACGGUAAGAUUUCGCCUGAUAUCAUUGAGUAUCUUCAAUGAGAAUUCAUUGAAAUUGUAAAUAAAUUAAGCAGUGUAAAUACAAUUUGUUUUUUACAUUCCAGUAGAUGUAAUAAUGAUGUAAACAAUUGUUUGAAAUCGGAAUUAUGUAGUACUAUCUGUAACCGACUCUUUUUGGCCGCGUGAAUUACGGAUAAAAAUUGUGUUAAAUUUGAAUGUAUCGUAUUUGUAUGUAUUUGUAUGAAUCUAUGUAUCAAAUUUCAUUGAAAUUCUUUUAAGCAUGAUUAAUUAACGGAUAUUCAAAUGGCGCUAUGAGAAUUGUUUUAUAUAAUUGCAUACAAUUUAAAUAAAUAUACAGCGGGUUUUAAACCAUGGUACGUGCACGCUUAACCCUACAAGAAAGACUUUUUUUUCAAUAGAUCAAAUGUAAAAUUUUGUAGUCGCGUAUUUAGUUGGUGCAUUUUAAAAAUCACUUCGUCGUCAAAAUUUAUCAUAACCUCUCUCUCUAGUCUAUCUCUUUUAUAGUAACAGAGUAUUUAUAUAAUAUUUUUUUUUGUUUUACUUAGUUUAAAGAAAGCGACAUUUGAAUGAACACAGCGACAUCUAUGGUUUUAAACUUAUGAUGCGACUAAUAAAAAAAAAUAGCAGUAGACCGGUUUAGUUUAUAUAUAUAUAUAAAAAAAAAAUCAGAGAGAGUAGAUGAGGCUCGAACCCACUACCCCUACCAAGAGCAAGAAAGAAGACGAAAACAGAUCACGUGACACCCGAACAAUAACACGGAGCUUUGACCCAAUAACACGGAGGUAGUCGCUCCAGAAGUUGAAGCCAGGGUUAAGGGGUGAAACCUCCAUCUAAACCCUCCUAAGAGGGUUUUUUUUUAAUGGGUGAUAAUGGAAUGGUAACCCCACCCGCGCUAUCGGUAUACACCGGCGGGGCACCAGUAAAGGAUGAUAGGUGAGGAUGAAGCAGGUCAGUUAGCCCAUUGUGACGAAUUCAAUAAGAAUUGUUCACGAUGGUUUCCAGGGGAACCACGUGGAGGUCGACCUAAUAGGGUAUAUUGCUAAUCGCUAUUGCUAACAAUCCCUCCCCCCCCCCCAAGAGGGUUAAAAAAGACCUAGAUUAGACCUUUUUUUAUAAUUACACGAUUUUCUAAAAAUAAAUUGAACGUUAUGUAUGAUUUCAAAUAUUAAUCGUCUUCUUAUAAUUCCGAUUUCAAACUAAAUAUUGGCCGCUUUAACGAAUAAAAAUUCUAAAAUUAUUUAAUUGUUCCGAAUGUAAAAAUGUAUAUAGAUAGAUAAUAAUAAUUAAAUUAAAAGGUAAAAUUAAUUAUGUAUUUACGGUGUGGUCAUGUAAGGUACGAGAGAGGCGGUUGGACCAAUAUUGAGACAGUGUGAAUG